GCUUUAAAGGCCCAGUUCAAACUUAGGAGCUGAACAUCUAGAUUUUUUUAUAUACAUUGUAUUGCUAAAAGUAUUGGGACACACCUCCAAAUCAUUGGAUUCAGGUGUUCCAAUCAUCUACAUGGCCACAGAUGUAUAAAAUCAAGCACCUAGGCAUGCAGACUGCUUCUACAAACAUCUGUGAAAGAAUGGGUCGCUCUCAGGAGCUCAGUGAAUUCAAGCAUGAUACCAUGAUAAGUUGCCAUCUGUGCAAUAAGUCCAUCCCUGAAAUUUCCUUGCUGAAUAUUCCAUGGUCAACUGUUAGUGGUAUUAUAACAAAGUGGAAGCAACUGGGAACAACAGCAACUCAACUGUGAAGUUGUAGGCCACAUAAAAUGGCAGAGCGGGGUGAGUUCAGGCUGAAGCGCACAGUGCACAAAAGUCACCAACUGAAUAGCUAAAGACUUCAUGUGGCCUUCAGAUUACCACAAUAGUGAGUAGAGCGCUUCAUGGAAUGGGUUUCCAUGGCCGA